UUUUCUGUGUGGUUCUUUUGUGACAGGUUGUGCAUUGUCAACGACCAGCUUUUCAUUCGAAUGGCCACAACAGAGGAGAUCCGCCGAGCCUUCGUGGCUCCUGCCCCGACUCCAUCUUCCAGCCCUGUCCCCACCCUCACUGCACAGCAGCAAGAGAUGCUCACAGCUUUCUCACAGAAGUCUGGCAUGAACCUGGAGUGGUCACAGAAGUGUCUACAAGACAAUGAAUGGGACUUCAACAGAGCAGCGCAGAUCUUUACUCAGUUGAAGGCUGAAGGAAAGAUUCCUGACGUAGCUUUCCUAAAAUAAAGAGUGGAAUCAAAUAUCUGUGAAAUAAACUAAAGCGCAGUUACUUUUAUUUAUGGCUUUUGUUCUUUUAUUCGCUCACUUUUGUUUAAUUAUGAAUGAAGUGGAUCAAGUCUACUUGUGUUAACUGUUUUAACAGCCAAAUGUCAUUCUGCUACUGUUUUUGGUUGUUAUUGUAACCUUAGUUUUUGGUCAUUUGUAUAGAUAUCACUACACAGUUUUUAUAGGAAUAAAGACAUAUGGCCAUUGGCCCAUUGUAUUCAUGUGCUUAUCUUGAUUUUGUUUCUUUAUGUUUAACAAUAAAAUAUAUUUUGUCACAACUGAAA